AUGUUUUCACUCCUGAUCUUCGCUGUGGGCUUUCUGCAGGGUCAUGCAGUCUACCUGAUAAACAGCACAGGCACAAUGAAUGAACAAGAAGUAUGCCAAUGCUCUGUCAUCCUUCCCGACAAUACAUUCCCAGCAGAUCGUCUGGAAGCUCUAGAGAUAUCCAACCAGAAACUGAGUAUCAGUGUCAAUCAGGAGAUCACCAAAAUACAAAAUUAUCAAGUCACAUUGAAUGAGUACAUACUAAAGCUGAAGAACCUAACUCGGCGUGUGGAGAUCGUUGAACUGGGUGGUAUCUCCUAUACCGAACUGGACUUCGAGUUACUUAAACUGGAGAUCAGAGAAAUGGAGUCUUUGGUGAUCAAGCUUAAGGCGUCCAUCAAUGGGUCCAACACCUUGGUGGAAUCACUCUUUGUAGAGAUCCACAACAUCUCAGUUAUGGUGAACCAGCUGGAGUCAUACGACAAGAACAAUGUCUUGGCCGUAAGGCGGGAAAUUGCUGCUCUGCGUAAGAAACUGGAAGAGUGCGAGAAACACCAAGGUGUUCCAGCUCCACCUCCACCAGUCAGUUACGGUACCUGCGAUCAUGGUGGUCUUAAAAACAUCAGCAAGCCAUUUGUGGUGCAGUUGAACUGGCAAGGAUUCAACUACAAAUUUGGAGGUUGGGGAAAGGACUCUUUUGUAGGUGGUGAUCAAGAUAUACACUGGGUGGCCCCUCUAACCACAGAUGGUCGUACAAUGAAUAUCUUACGAUUCUCCCCCACUUAUGAUGAUCUCUUGCUGUACAAGAAACCUACAGAUAAGAUCCUUACCAAUGGUCAAGGUGGUGGUGUGAUCCUCUUCAACAACUCCAUGUAUUACAACUGCUACAACACCAGGGACAUCUGCAAAUACAAAGUAGACACUGGUGCUUUGGAGAGGAAGACGCUCACAGAUGCCACCUUCAACAAUCGCUUCUCCUACGCAUCAUCUAUUUGGCAAGACAUUGACCUUGCUAGUGAUGAAGAUGGUCUUUGGGUCAUCUACUCUACAGAACAGAAUUCUGGAAACAUGGUCAUAGGUAAACUUAACUCAACCACUCUAACCGUAGAGAGAUCUUGGUCUACUGCCCAGUAUAAACCCGCUGUCACCAACGCUUUCAUGAUUUGUGGGGUCCUGUAUGCAACUAGAACCCUCAAUACCCGAAAGGAAGAAAUUUUCUAUAUGUAUGACACCAACACAAGCAAGGAGGGCCAAAUCAGCAUUGUCCUUGACAAGAUGAUGGAAAAUGUACAGAGUCUGAGCUACAACCCUAAUGAUUACAAGCUCUAUAUGUACAAUGAUGGGUAUUUGGUUACCUAUGAUCUUGCCUUCAAGCCACAAGAAAAACCUACAGAAAAUUUUCCAUUAAGGAAGUAA